AUGGAGGCUAAGAGACAUUGUUAUCCACGUUAUCAAUUCAUAAGGAAUAGAGGGUCUGCUGGUGAAAAUAAAAACGACCAGCUUCCUUUGAGAUUCUCUAUUAGGGUCAUCAGUCCAUGCUUUGUCACUUGUUUUGCGAUUGGUUUCAGAAACAAAACGAGACAGAGAAAGGGAUUUCUUGCUCAAGGGUUACAGAGAACUUCUGCUGGUUUAGGAAGUGUUAUAAUUGAUACUCAGCCACUGACUGUAGCUGUAUUAGCAUCUUUCCUAUUUGGUGAGUCCAUUGGAAUAGUGAGAGCUGGAGGUUUGCUCCUCAGCGUUGCUGGACUUUUGCUUCUUGAGGUUCCAUCAGUUACUUCAGAUGGUACUAACUUUUCCUUGUGGGGAAGUGGAGAGUGGUGGAUGCUUCUUACAGCUCAGAGCAUGGCUAUUGGCACUGUGAUGGUUCGAUGGGUCUCAAAAUACUCGGAUACAAUUAUGGCUACCGGUUGGCAUAUGAUUAUUGGUGGCCUUUCUCUUUUGGCCGUUUCCAUUAUAAACCAUGACCCAGUUUUUAGCGGCAGUCUUCAAGACUUAUCCACAAAUGAUGUCAUAGCACUUCUUUACACAUCCAUUUUUGGCAGCGCAGUUAGCUACGGUGUUUACUUCUACAGCGCUACUAAAGGUGGAUACAUGGCUUGGAUAUGUGAGAUCAAAACAAUUCAGAUAGAUCUACUUGAUUUUGGAUGGCUCCUUGCGAUAAAAAUCCAUCAAAGUGUGGUGGCGAUGAUGUCUUCAGAUUUCUGAAACCUCCAUCCAGAAGAUGCAACAUUGGUACCUCAGGUCUGAACAUAUCGUAGACAUACUUGAAUUAGGAGCAAAAAGAUCAAUUUUUGGGUCAAAACGCUUGGCAAGUAGAGCAUGGUUGAAGGAUUUUGAUCCACCCACUAUAAUAGGGAGUUUCCCGCUUGAAACUACUUUAGGUAUGAAAAAUAUCGCUAAAGAGCAAAACUAUGUCGGGGUAAGUUCACCGUCUUCUGGGCGGAACUCACCCAAAAGAUGGUGUCAAACUCCACCUUACUCAAGGAUUGGGAUGAGAUUUGUUGCAAUCUCUAUCCUGCCGUAGAUUUGCAUUUUGUCAGAGUUCAUGAUCUUCCCAGAAAAAUGGGAAGAAAUGAGGCCUAUGAGGAAGUUGUGGCAGGCAUGAAAGUAAGGACGUGUACGCUCUUGAAAAAAGCAGAAAGUAAAGAUUUUGAAGCUAAUAGAAGCAUUUGGGAAUUCAAGAGGCUCGGCGCCACAAUAGUCAUUAUGGCGAGCUGAAUAAGAGUUUGGCGUCACUGGGAGGAGGAAGGUGUGGUGUAGAGAUUAUGCAGAAGAACGUUCUGGAGGAAAGCGUGGAAAUUGUGAAAAGUUUCUUGCUG